AUGCCACCUCAGGUGUACCAAGAAAAAGCGUGCCGCCACCCACAUGGGUAUCCAACAACAAGAGGAUAUCUUGUCCCAGCAAAAGGCCGUCUUGUCCCAGCAAAAGGUUAUCUCGGUCCAGCAAGAAUCUUGACUCAGCAAAAGGGUAGCUUGGCCCAGCCACAGCUCAUUGUCGCUGCGGGGGAGCAGUAA